GAACUGCGUCAUGUCUGUGUACAAAAAUAUUGGGCACGCCUGGGGCUUUUAAAUUUCAUGAGCACUUGCACUUCCGACUAUACAUAUGUUUCCAAAAUAAAGGUUUAAAGUUAAGUUUGGAUUUUGAAAAGUGGUUUCCAUAAUGUCCUAAUACCUUAAGUUUUCAAUGUGUUAAUUUACCAUACCGUAGACACAGAGGCAAUCUAAAGACCUCAGGGUGACAAUUUGAAGAUGUUCAGUCGCACCGCCUUCUGCUGAGACUGGAUUGAUGGCUUUUAUUUUGAAGUAUUUUGUCAGCUGCAUGUCUGUUGCCACAGCCACUGUGGACAUCAGGGAUCAUCACUCUGCCUGUAUGUGGCUUGUAACUAGAGAUAAACCCCGAGGUAGCAUGUAGCAUUGCUUGGCAGUAGAUUCAUUUAUCCAAUGCGCAGCAUUACAGGUAUACUGUGUCGUUCACUUCUGUAGCUUUCUAGGUAACGUUUGUAACUAGUUCCUGUUACCUAAAUAAUUGCGCUAGUCAUGUUAGCCACCUGACAGAUCUGGCCGAUUGUUGUCGGAUUCAUAGGAAAACGGGCAACUGGCCAACUAGCAUGACAGCGAUGAUACACGAGAGGCCGGAUAUGUAUUAGCUUAUGUCAGGUCUCGUCUUAGUGGAAAAUAUAUAGAUAACACAAUUCUUCGUGGUUAUCGGUAAACUUGCGUAUGUAACGCGACAGUCUUUGUAGCUAAACUAGUUAAUCAAUGGGAUAUGUUAACAAUCUAUUGCGCUAAUAAUAGCUACUUAACGUUAAAUGCAUUUUAGCUAUGCUAGCAACAGAAGGACUGCAAACAGAUAGCAAUCUCUAACGCUAGUUAUGAUUUCGUAAUUCAACUCGGUAGCCAGCUAAUGUUGGCGGCUGGUUGGACAUUCAGUCAACUGUAAACGUUUUAGCUAGCAAAUAGCCAAGACAUUGCUGUUGUACUGAUUGGAAUAACAUUAACUACUAUUUCCUGCUAAUAAGAUUGUUAGCUCGCAAGCCCACUGUCUGAAGGUAAAGUUGAGCUAACGUUAUUCGAGAUGGCUACUGCCUCAGGUUUUCCCCCUGGUGUGAGCGGAUCCAGGAGUGGACCAUCGGUAACCACUUCGUCUUCUGGAAUUCCUGGUCAGGCACAACCUAUGGUAGUGGUGUGGGAAUGGCAGGAUGACUUCGGCUACUGGCGACCAUAUAAUGGCCAGGUGAGCGGUUAUAUUGAACAAUGCCUGCUACAUCAGAGAGGAUCAAGAGGUGGAGGACCAGCGUCAACUAGCAUCUCACUUGGGCAGUCAGAUCCUAGUCUGGCGGCUUAUAUAAUCGACAUCCCAAAUUUGAAGCAGUUUCGACAGGAUACGGGAAAGCUGCGCUGUGUGCGCCGAAGCCUGUUUCCCCAGUCCUCAGCUUUGAGCAGCGGUGUCUUCUGGGAGUGGGCCAAUGAUGAAGGAGGGUGGACUGCAUACGAGACGCGCACCUCCAUUUUGCUUGAGCACAGUUACCAGGCUGGACAGGCUACUGCUGAUCUUGGCCCCCACGGAUAUAACUAUAUAGUGGACCUAACUGCAUUGGCUCAAGUGAAUAAGAGCUCGGGCUUCAGACGCCAGGUCCACCGGCAGGCCAGUGCGCCUUACCCCCUGGCCACCAGCUCUGUGAUCCACUCUGGUCCGGCGUGCACCUGCCAGCAGUGUCUAAGCCACAGUAGCACCACUGGACCCAUGCCCAGCCGCUCGCGUCACUCCUUCUCUGCCGGUCAGGCCAGCCGGCCCAGCUUCCAGGGCCACGCACGAGCUGCCCCGAGCACACCCUCCUCUGUGUACUCCCCUUACCCCAGGAGGCCCCUGUCAGUGGGGAACAUGUCCUGGGGUGGCCCCUGGAGCCCAGCGUCUUCCACAUCUCAGCCCUCAGGAGCUGCGCACGUAGCUGGACCUGGACUAUCAUACCCUCCCAGCACAAAUGGAUUAAGUGUCCCAACCAUCCCUGUACACCUGAAUGGGUCCACCAGCGUCAGCUCAGCACUGGCAGGCAUGGCUUCCAUUUUGAUGUCAGCGGCCGGACUCGGAGUUCGCUUCACGAGCGCCCCCCACUGUCAGCGUCGCUCGGGCAGGUCCUCCAAAAGCCACGAGGGCGCCGUUAGGAGGGCAAAGAGGCAGCCCAGGACAGGUGGAGCUCAGAAACCAGAGGUGGUCAUUCAGCGAUACAUGGAAGAGGUGGCCCCGCCUGCCGAUGAGGAUUGCAUCAUUUGUAUGGAGCGCCUGAUGUCUCCCUCUGGCUAUGAAGGUGGAUCAGAAGGGGGGCAGUCGAUACAGCCCAGCGCCGUAGGAAAGCUAACCAAAUGUGGACACACUCUACAUAUGUUGUGCAUGCUGGCCAUGUACAACAAUGGAAACAAGGAUGGCAGCAUUCAGUGUCCUUCUUGCAAGACAAUCUACGGGCAGAAAACAGGAACCCAGCCGAAGGGCAAGAUGGAAAUCUAUAGUGUGUCUCAGUCUCUUCCUGGACACUCCGAUUGUGGAACAAUUCAAAUAGUGUACAACAUUUUACCAGGAAUACAGGGCCCAGAGCACCCCAACCCAGGCCAGCAGUACACCUGCAGGGGCUUUCCUCGCUUCUGCUUCUUGCCCGACAAUGAAAAGGGCAGAAAGGUGUUGGAACUGUUGAAAAUCGCAUGGACUCGACGCCUCAUCUUCACCGUCGGCACAUCGAGCACCACAGGGGAGCCGGACACGGUGGUGUGGAACGAGAUCCACCACAAGACCGAGAUGAUGUCGAACGUUUCAGGCCACGGCUACCCGGACCCCAACUACUUAGAUAAUGUGCUGACCGAGUUGGCAUCGCAAGGGGUGACAGAAGAGUGCCUAAAACAAGAACGACGGAAUCAGGGAACGCCAGGCCCUGGCCACUGAUUGGUCCGUUACCCAUACCAUCUAAGCAAUCAUCCAGUUAUGAUUUACACAGAAGGGAGUUAUGUAGUGUAACUGUGUGAAACUCUGGUGUAUGAAUGUGUGAAUAUGGAUUGUAUGGUGCCAAAGGCAUGCAUAAUUGACUGCUCCAUCCAGCCUUGUCUGUUACUUUAUCCUGCAGUCAACUUGCUCCGUAAAGCCACAGGCAAACCAAGAACCUUGAGUGGAACGCAACAAAAACAAAAUGUUAGAUUAACCUUAACUAUAGUCAGAGAAUCAACCGUGAGUAUGGCUCUGAAGAAAGGGUACAUGUUUGUUUUCUUACAUUAUGGUUAGAAUUAUUUUUGUCCUCUUGCAUAACCUAUUGCAGAAACGGAAACUUCAACAUGUAGCAUAAGAUAUUUUGACCUUUUUUUCAUGCUAUCUAUUUUCUAUCUUGAAAAUGACGGAGCAAAGCUUGGCUUCCAGGCACUUUGGUUGUCAGUGAGAUCAUCUGAAAGGGACAAAGAGAAAAAGGCGUAAAACGCCUUAGAUGAUCUGGAGGCCUUAAGGAUCAAAAUGGUGUUUCUGUUUAACAUACAUUAUGUGACUGGCAGCUAUGGAUGGAAACACACAUUUCUGUGGCACUUACAUUUUUACAGUGCAGUUGGUUAUGAAAUAAUUCCAUAGGUAACGUUCCACUGAAAAACAUUUGGCUUCCAUGCUUGCUGACCUGUGCAGCAAGGCAUCGUUUUAAACGCACAGCUCCUUAAAUAACUGUUUGGAUUUUUGACAGGUCCUCUCACGUUACUGAUUGCUCAUUCAUUCGCAUAUACUUAGGCAUUGACCGCAGCAUGAGAGAUGUUUUCGUAGCACUGUCAACUUUUACCCUAAGAUAUGAAAUGAGCUGCCAGUGUUGUCUUAAACGUGGCAUCUAUGAAUUAUUUCACUGAGUGCAGAAUGUGAAUACAUGGAAUGUUUGUUAUAGGGGUUGGGGGUCAGAGCAGGGUAUUACUUUUUCAUAAGUACUGUAAAGUUUAUUUUUAAUUCAGCUAUGAGGUUUUAAUCGCAAACACUGUCAGCACCCCAAACUAAAAUGCAACAACAAUCAGACAUUAAAUGUCUUCAAUUCCAGUGAAUUCAUCUGCUGCUUUUCAGUUUAGAAAGCACAAGGGAUGUGAGGAGUGAAAUAAACAUUUUGUAUUGUUUUUACUCCAUUGUAGGGUCUCACAAUGCAUAAAGCAUUCCUCUUAUUAAAACAUACUUUUUAGUUGGCGCUGAUCUGCAGUGCCAGUCUAAUCUGUGACCCAUUUCUUCAGCUUAAUUAGUUUUAAGCUUCCUGUACUGUGUGUGUUUUAAGUAAAUAGAAAAGUAUACUGGUGAUAUUACUCUGAAAGAGCAAGACAAGGAAGUUGUUGUUUUGAGACCUUGACACAAAACUCUUUGAUUCCAAUAGUCUCUUGGCUAUUUCAUCCUAACUUUCACAGUCUGGUCAACCUUAUGCACUUCAUAGGAUCCAUUUGGUGGAGUGUACAGUUGUAUGCAAGCAUAUAUUUAACAUUAUACCUGCAAUAAAUUAACAAUUCAUACAAA